AUGGAGCCCGUUGAACAUCCACAAAUCACCAACGUUCAAUCUUCAGAAACAACUGCAGUUGAAUCCUCGCACUUUCAAUCUCCUCAGACUACCGAUCAACAUGCCACGCUCCAAAUCGAUUUCAAAUGGGGAAAUUUCAAAUCUCUCGUUUCAGACAUCAACAAACCCGAUGAACCCCUCUACAUCAUCAAAUACAAAUUGUUCUCUUCCAAACAAAUCAUCUACAAAUCAGCCUCCACAAAAGAUGUCAUUGGUACCAGUUCUAUUCAUAUGGUCAGCAUAGACGCAGACUACGAGUGCCGAGGCCGAAGAGACACUCUCGUGGCCCAAAAGCGUUUCAAAACACUAUACACCCACCGCUCCGGCUUUCUGAAGAACCCCCAAGGCCAGCCCGCUGUGAUGACCUGGACAGGUGAUGUCGGUGCCUCGAAGUGGGAUUUUGUUUGUACCGACGAACAACAGAUGCCUGUUGCCAAGUUCACUGCGAACUUGUGGGGCAUCAAGAAAAUCGGAAAGAUCGAAUUGAUGGGUCCGUCGUCAAAUGAGGAGGGCGUUAGGGAUGAGAUGCUCAUUACUGGGAUGACAUUGGCAUAUUGUAUGGUGGUACGUGCGAGUAACAUGUUCAGCUUGCUCGGCUCCAUCUUUGGGGAUCCGGCUCAUGAUAAGAAAUACAAGUCUGAGCCUAUUACUGCAACGGAUAGCAGGAAGACCACUUCGGACGGUGUUGAGCUUUCACAAGUGUCGACUGCUGCUCCUAAUACUCAGGCAGAUGUUAGACAUCGGCAGACACAUUCUGGUCCUUCUACUGAGACAUGA